AUGUCGGGGUUGAUCAAGAAGCUGCGAAGCGCCAGCGGUGGCGCUUCGACGGCACCGAAAGACACCGGUCUCAAAUCUAAAAAGGAUGAGCCACCCGUGGAGAAGACGCCUCUAGAGAAGAUGCUACAGAAUGCAGGGCCGUUGCGGGAAGAUGGCAGCGACAAGUUCUUUGGUUACUGUAACUCGAUAGUACAAGCACUUUACUACUGCGAAACAUUCCGGCAAAAUGUCGUCGACUACCCUCUACAAUCACCUUCAGAUACGCCGGAUGGGCGGCCGAAAAAGGUCAACGUCACCAUAAGACCACCUCCGAACCCCAAUACCGCCGGUGCGAACAAGCAGAAACCCCUGACGGCCGCCCAGGCCAUGCGGGUGAGGCAGCAGAUCAAUGCCGGCCAGUUACCCCCCGGACAGCAGAAGCCAGAAGACAGACCAGACUCUCCAGAAUAUAAGAAGAAGCAGGCCAUGAUCAAGGGGCCAGUGCUGGAGCUGGGCCAAGGGAACAGUGGCGCCUACGGUAUGGAGGAAAGCACCUUCACGGGCCUCAAGGACAUAUUCAACGCAUUGAUCGAGAGCGAGACCCGGACAGGCGUGCUGAGCCCCCAGCGAUUUCUCGAGAUCUUCAAGCGGGACAACGAGGCCUUCCGCAACCAGAACCACCAAGAUGCGCAUGAGUUCUAUGGCCUGGUCUUGAACGACGUGAUAUCCAACGUGGAAGCGAACGCGAGACGAAUGCUGGAAUCAGAUAUGCUGAAUGCAAAUGGGCAGGCGCACUCCCUCGACGGCGCGACCGCGGCGCUGAUGAAGGCGCAACAAGUUGCAGGGGCCAUGUCACCAGGGACUGGCUGGGUACACGACAUAUUUGAGGGUGUCUUGACAUCGGAAACAAAAUGUCUGGCGUGUGAGACCACAUCGCAGAGGGACGAGACAUUUCUGGACCUCUCUAUUGACUUGGAAGAGCACUCGUCCGUGACGUCGUGUCUGAGAAAAUUCUCGGACGAAGAGAUGUUGUGCGAAAGGAACAAGUUCCACUGUGACCAGUGCGGUGGCCUGCAGGAGGCCGAGAAGAGGAUGAAGAUCAAGAAGUUGCCCAAAGUCAUGGCCCUGCACCUAAAGCGUUUUAAGUACACCGAAGACUUCACCCGGCUGCAAAAGCUCUUUCAUCGCGUCGUCUACCCAUAUCACCUCCGCAUGUUCAACACAACGGACGAUGCGGCCGACCCUGAUCGGCUUUACGAAUUGUACGCAGUGGUCGUUCAUAUUGGCGGCAACGCAUACCAUGGUCACUACAUUGCGGUCAUCAAGACGCCGGACAGGGGCUGGUUAUUGUUCGACGAUGAAAUGGUGGAACCGGUCGACAAGCAUUUUGUGCGGAACUUCUUUGGGGACAAACCUGGCAUGGCCUGUGCGUAUGUUCUUUUUUACCAGGAAACAACGCACGAAAAGGUCAUGGCAGAGCAAGAAGAGGAGGGUCUUGAGGAGGUCAGGAUAGAGCGCGAGAAGGCCGAUCUGGCCCUGGACCGCCUCAAGGCCAACGGCAACGGCGAGGCCAAAUCGCCCUUGACCAGACAUGUCACAACACCUACCUCCCCGACGGACGAAAAGGACAACUUUGCCGUCCUCGAUCAUGCAGAGACGGCGCCCGGGUUUCUUGAUGGGCCGCAAAUACCAUCGAUCCCGGAAGAGGCCCCUCCGCCCAUCAAGACGUAUCCACUGAACCCGGCACCGCCACCACCCCCAGCUUCGCCCAAGGCGAGCAAGGAAGACAAGAAACUAGAGAAGAAGGAACAGAAAGCUGCGGAGAAGGCGCGCAAGCACGCGGAGAAGGAACAGCUGAAAGAGGAAGAGAAGCGCCGUAAGGAGAACGCUAAACAAAUCCAACAGAUGCGCAAGAAGAACGAGGAGGAGCUACAGCGGGUGCUGGCCGAGAGCAAGGCCAUGUCGGCUGCGGAAGAGAAGCAGCGCAAGAAGAGCAUGGCCGCAGAAGCGAUCCCUCCCAGUCCCUCGACUCCCAGCCACGCAGGUCAUCUGCUGGACCGGGCGAACAGAGGUAGCAAGUCGCUGAGCCGCAAGUCGCUUAACAUGAGCUGGCUGGGAGGCGGCUCCAAAGAGAAGCACAAGGAGAAAGAAAAGGAUAGGGAGGAUAUGACAGCGAUCCUGGAAAACGGUAAGGAACCAGACCCCGAGAGCGAGCCUUCCGAGUCGGCGGUGGUUUUCAACACCGUCGACUACAACGGGAGCGAGGGGGCGCGUUCCUCUUCUAACGCGGAUAGGCCGUCGGAUAAGCCUGACUCUGCGAAACAACCACUGAGGGAGCGUUUCAGCUUCAGCAUCGGGAAGAAGAAGAGCACCGUGUUUUCCUAG